AUGGAGAAGCACGUACAGAUACUCCUCAACAGGCUCUCCUUCGCCUCCAUAGCCAUAGCCACGCUGACCCUCUUGCUCCUCUACCUGCAAACCCCCGACACUUGCGUCGACCCAUCCGACCCGAACCCGAAACCCCACACCCGAUUCCCCAAAUCCACCUGCGACUUCACCCACCGCCCCUACACCUCCGUCGACAAGCGCAACCGCCGCCUCCGGUCCACCAACGCCUGGAAAACCGCCGUCGCCUCCUACGCCUCCCUCCUGAUGGCGCUCCAGGCCCGAAACCACCUCUCGAACGACUCCCGGGCCCUGGUCGUCUCCGCUGGGCCGGGCCACGCCGUGCAGGCUCUGCAGGAGAUGGGCGUGGAGGACGUCACCGGGGUGGAGCUGGUGGAUUCGCCGCCGCUGGUGAGCCGGGCGGAUCCCCACAAUCUGCCCUUUUUUGAUGGGAUUUUUGAUCUGGGGCUCGGGCUGUACCUGGAUCGAGCCCUUUUUCCGGGCCGGUUUGUGGGACAAAUGGAGAGGACGGUGAGGGGUGGUGGGGUGUGCGUGGUGACGGUGGAGGAGUGCGGGCCGAACGAGGUGAAGGAUAUCGUGAAGUUGUUUAAGAAAUCAAGUCAUGGCAUUGGUUUUCCACAGCAGGCUAGCUCACUUCCUCUGCUUUUAGCUAGGUUACAUCCAGCUUUCCUAUCACGACUCAUCUGUGUUCCUUUUAUUGAUCAAAAUGUUGUGAAUAGGGCAUGGUCCUUGUUCUCGAUAUCUGUUUUCCCAAGUUAG